UACAGAAGCAAGCUGUAUCUUUUGAGUUCCUGAAUUUUCCAUGUGCUGUACGUUACUAGACAGCCUUAGCGUUUGCCUUGGUUAUUUUCUUGAAGGACUAUUUGACCACUGUUUAGGGGGCAGACUGGGUGUCAAAAUCGGCCAAUAUUUAAUAAUUAUAGGCCUAUGCCACAAGACCAUGAAGAUGGGUAUCCAAUGGACCUCAUUCACCAAUCUUAGCAAAGUUGGUGCACAGGCUGCUAAAAAAACAAGAAUAGAAGUUGAGACUGAUCCUGAAAAACUGUUGAAGUACUGUUGUGGUGCAAAUAUAUAUAUUGAGGGAAAAGACCCUGAACUAAAACCAGAUUCUGAAUACCCUGCCUGGCUCUGGAAUUUACGUAUAGAGCGUGGUAGAACAAAACUUUCUGAAUUGAAUCCAGAAACACCAGCCUAUUGGAAACGUUUGUCUAGAAUAAAUUACACGAACAAUAUUAGGAUAAAAACUAGAUUACAAAGACUCAAGGCCAUUCAAUAUCCAGAUGAUAAAAUUCCUUAAAAAAUGAUAUUGUGUUAAGGAAACAUUUGUUAUUCUUAAAAAAAAAACAACACAUGUAAUAAAAAUACUUUAAAAAUGUAAA